UGGCGCGCUCCGAAUGUCAAAUGUCAAAACGCGGCACUUUCAAAGUAAAGGUGACAGCUGCUCCAGGGCUUCAACAUGAUGUUCUACACUCAACUCUUCACCUCCAAGAGGGGCCCUCUGGCCAAAAUCUGGCUUGCAGCACACUGGGAUAGGAAACUCACAAAGGCCCAUGUAUUUGAGUGCAAUUUAGAAACAACCAUCAAUGACAUAAUUUCCCCAACGAUGAAACUUGGUUUGCGGACCUCUGGUCAUCUGCUCGUCGGUGUGGUCAGGAUCUACUCCAGGAAAGCAAAGUAUCUCCUCGCAGACUGCAGUGAUGCCCUGGUUAAAAUUAAAAUGGCAUUCAGGCCAGGUCAGACAGAUAUGCCUGUGGAGGGACUCGAGGCAACACUAAAAGCAAUUACUUUGAUCGAAGAUUUCACCGCCUUUGAUGCCCAGCUGCCACAUCCAAGUAACAUAGACGUUGUGGACCACUUUUCACUGAACCAGUGUCGAUCAGAGGAAAUCACUCUGAAAGAAGAUUUUGGAAAUGGCUUUCUGAAUUUAGCAGAUUUUGGAGAUGAGUCCCAGAGCCACCAGAAUGGGCUGCUGGAUAUGAGCUUCCACAGCUUCACUCAACAUGGAGACGACUUUGGGGACGAGAAUAGAGGACUCGACCUACUCGACUUUCUGACAAUCUCCAGUGAUAAUGCUGAGUCCACUGACUUCAUCCUAGAGGAGCAUAAAAUAAAUGAAAAUCCAGAGAUCUCUACACUCAGUCAUCAACAAGAUUGUGAUAGAGCGGAGAUGGAGACCCCUACACUGAAUGUAACCACCCUGCUUGCUAACGAGGACGAAGCCUUUGCACUUGAACCUGUGACCAUCACUCCAAACUCGGAGAAGAAGAGGGGGAAGAGGAAACGCAAGCUGGUUGUGGACCAGACCAAAGAGCUGACCAAUGAAUGCAUCAGAGGGCAGCUUCUCGACGACUCAGAUCUGGUUGCCCCUUUGGACAUGGCCCCGCCAACUCUGCAGCUCAUGCAGUGGAAGGAGAGCGGCGGUGCGGACAAACUCUUUGCCCAACCGUGUUCGACUGUAGCAGCUCCACAGAUAAAGGAGCUAUUUGCCAAGAGUAUUUUCCAGGUGAAACGUUAUGUAGUGCGUGAGGAGGUCGAGGCGAUGCGUCAGGAUGGACUAGAAGUUCAGAGGGACACAAGCACCAUCACUACAGACAACAUCAGUGUCGUAGAUUCAUCGCUAGAUCCUGAAAGGACACACAACCCCGAGCUGACCGACCUCGAUCGCAUGAACAACAAUGAACUUGAGAAUUACUCAGAGCGAUCUCAAGAUAAAAACAGUUCGGAGUUCACACAUCCAGGGCUUCCAUCAGAGGACUCCAUGUUUGUCCAUCCGUCCUACAUGCAGCAGGAGACUCAGUCGACUUCCCUCCACACUCAGUCGAUGCUGGACAGUCAGGACUUUGAGGAGAGGAGGAUAACCAGACGUACACAGAGGCUUCUGGACCUUCUAAAAAAGCAGAGCAGCAGUGACACCACGUUCAGCCUGGAGGCACUCUGUGAGGGAGGAAGUCGCUCGCAGGCUGCAGCCACUUUAUUCUGUUUCCUGAUCCUGAAAAAGCAGAAUUCCAUUCACCUGCACCAGAGAGCACCCUAUGGGGACAUAACUGCCACACCUGGACCCAAUUUCUACAAUUAG